UUUAAAUGGCUAAAAUUUAAAAAGUUGCGAAGUGCAAGAGAUAUUUUUAAUUAAAGAACAUGGAAUCAGAUUCUAUGGAUGAAGACAUAGAUGGACUCAUACUUAGCGUUCACGUGAAAAACUUUUUUUGUCAUGAUAACUUAGAAAUAAACUUUAAUAAGAACGUUAACUUCAUCAUCGGUAGAAAUGGAAGUGGAAAAAGUGCUAUUUUAUCUGCUCUAGUGGUUGGACUUGGGGGCAGAGCAUCAGCAACUAAUAGAGGGAACAACUUGCAUUCCUUCAUUAAAAAGGGAACCAACUCUGCGACUGUUGAGAUAAAAAUAAAGAAUAGCAGCCCAAAAGCAUUCAAACAUGACAUUUAUGGUGAUUCUAUCACAAUAGUCAGAACUAUAAACGCUUCAGGAGGAUCAAGUUAUAAAGUAAAAUCAGCCACAGGUGACAUCAUCUCAACAAAAUUUGAGGAGGUGAAUUCCAUAAUACUAGCUCACGAUAUACAAGUGGACAACCCUAUAUCAGUAUUGAAUCAAGAUGAUGCUAGAAGUUUCCAUGCAUCAGAUGCAAAGAAGAAAUACUCGCUCUUCCGAAAAGCAACUAACCUCGAUCAAACAGAGAACAAUUAUGUUAAAGCCCUAGAAAAUUGUAAUAAAGCUAUUGCAAUUUGGAACAGGAAGAAUGAGGCAAGCAAAGAGUUGGAAAAAGAGUACAAGAAGUGGAAAACAAUGCAUGAUCAAAUGCAAUCAAGAGAUGAAAUAGAAGCUCAAAAGCAAGCACUACAAAAUGAGUACUACUGGAGCGAGAUUACAGAGUUUGAGAAAGAAGCGGCAUCCAUACAGGCGCAGUGUGAGAAACAGAGUGCUAAGUGUCAGAAGCUGGCUGACAGACUCAGGACUAUGGAGGAGAGCUAUGGAAGUUAUAAUAGUACUAUUGAAUCUUUGAAGCAAAGACUUCUAGAAGGUACAAAUGAGAAAAGAUCAUUGGAGCAGGAGCUACAAGAGAUUGAGAAUGAGUCACGUAGCGUUAAGGAGAGCUACAGAACUGCACAGCACACCGCCAGCAAACAUGAGGACUUGCUCAAGAGAGAGAAGAGAAAAGUCAUGGACUUGGAGAGAGAGAUAAAUAAUAUACAAUCAGGCGGUGUGGAGUCCCAGCGCGAAGCCCUAGAGCGGGCGGAGUCUGCGGCACGGGCGAAGGCCGAGGCGGCUCGUGCGCGAUACGACACGGCGCAGCACGAAGCGGAGCAGGCGCGCGCGAACGCCACGCACGCCGCCGCGCCCGCUGAUGCCGCCGCCAGCGCCGCGUCACAUCAGCGGGAUAAAUUAAAACAACUGAAGCAGCAACUCCGCGAGCUAGAGUCUCGAGGUAACGACUCGUUGGCGGUGUUCGGGGAGCGCAUGGUGGAGCUGUGCGAGCGGGUGAAGGGUGCUGUCAAACGGAAGGAGUUCUCGCAGCCGCCGCGCGGACCCAUCGGUCAAUACCUAAAAGUGAAGGAGAAGAAAUGGGGCGGGGCGCUGGAGCACAUACUCGGUGGCUCCAUACAGAACUUCUGCGUCAACACGCCGGAGGACUCGCGCAAGCUGUUCGAGAUCAUGGGACAGGUGUACGGCAGUGGCGCCAAACCGGGGGUGACGUGCAGUAAGUUCCUGGCGAAGCGGCACGACGUGCGCGCCAGCAGCGUGCGCGCGCCGCCGCACCGCAGUGCGCUCGACGCGCUCAACGUCACAGACCACGUCGUCGCCAACUACCUCAUAGACAACCUGAGCCUCGAGAAUAUACUGCUUGUUGCUGACCACGACGAGGCCGUCCGUCUCUCGGACUCGGUGGAGAACGUGCCGCAGCACUGCAAUAAGGUGGUGACGCUGGACGGCAGCGAGUACCUCCCCGCGCCUCACUAUCGCAGCUAUGGCGGCGCCGCGCGACCCGCCCGCUACCUCGCCACCAGCACCGCGGACAGAAAAAGGCAAGUGCUAAGCGAGAUCGAGGAAGGCGAGUCCAAGCUGCAGACUUUAGAGGCGCAAGCAGUCGAGCUGCGGAAUGAGGCAGAGCGCGCACGCACGCAGGAGCGGCAGUGCGCACGCGCGUUGCAGGCGCUGUUGCAGGCGCGACACGCCGCCGACGAAGCGUUGCGUGCCGCUGCGGCCGCGCGCGCCGACCACGAUGCGCCGCAUCACGCUGUGCUGGUGGACGAACUAAACGUAAGCAAGGAUAAAGUGAGGACGCUGACCGAGCAAGUUAAUGCGUUCAACGAGCAAGAAAACGAGUACAAGAGCAAGAUAGAGGAGUACGAUGCCAGGACGAGCAAGCUCAAGGCUAAAUACGCGCAGGUCGUGGCCACCUGUAGGAGCCUCAAUGAAGAAAUUGAACAAGAGAAGAUGAAGAUGGACCAGGGUGUGACGGACAGACAGACUUACCAGCAGCGGCUUGCGGAAGACAAGAGGAAACUCGACGCGGUGCAGGAGAUACUGCAGUCCAAACAGAGCCAUGUACAGAAGAAGAUACAAGAGGCAUUGCUACUGUGCCCCAGGGUGGAUAAUCCUAGAGAGAAGUCCGUAGUGAUCGGUCUGCUGAAGAAGACGGAGUUGAAGCUGAACUCUCUGAGCAACACGCGCAUGACACGCGCGCAGGUCGCCGAGAAACUGCUGACGGUCGAGCGCAACUACCGCCGCACUGAACUCACGCUCAAGAAGCUCAGCGCGCUCAUUGACGAGAUAAAGCGGACAACAGACAAGCACCUGAGUUUCUGUCAGCGCGUGCAGACGUACGUGGCGCGGCGCGUGCAGCACUGCUUCCAAGCCAUACUCACCAUACGCGGAUACACGGGUCGUAUGGACAUAGACCAGGCGCGCGGAGUCCUAGAGCUGUGCUGCGGCGGUCGCGCGGGCGCGGCGGGCGGGCGCGGCACGAGCGCGCUGUCCGGCGGCGAACGCUCGUACGCCACCGUCGCCUUCAUGAUGGCGCUGUGGGACGCUGUCGAACUACCCUUCUACUUUAUGGACGAGUUUGACGUGUUUAUGGACAACGUGAACCGCAAGAUAGUUCUGCAGCUGCUGAUAGACCACGCGCUGAAAAACCGCGCGCGCCAGUUCGUGUUCCUCACGCCGCAAGACGCCUCCGCGCUCACAGCCAGUCGACAGCUCAGCAUACACCUGAUGGCUGAUCCUCGUCCGUAGCGGCUGUGCACAUAUCGAGAGAUUAUAUUUUUAACAUUUACUUUUAAGUAUUAAAAACUGUACGUAUUCAAG